UCUGUGUAUAUUUUUCCGAUUAAUUUUCUCAAUUUUAUAGAGAACACCGUGUAACAAAGUGUUCCAAGAUGUCACAGACAACAAAUGAAGUACCCAUUCUUCCACAUACAAGUGAAAAUAUUUUGGAAAAUUCUCCUGUGGUCAAGAAAGAAGUCAAAGACGAAUUGCCAGCAACUUCUGUACAUGUACCUGUAUCAUCACCACCACCAGCUCACAGUCAUGGAGUUAUAUCUGUUGAAGGAACUCCAAAACAAAGAAUCACCCAGAUUAUACCAACACAAAUUAUAGGCCAUGAACCCAGAAGAACUUCAUCCAGAUCUAUCAAACGCAAGAAGUUUGAUGAUGAAUUAGUAGAGAGCAGUUUAAUUAAAACAGAACGAGGAAGGGUAGCAAAACUUCCUACAGUGACACAAGUGCUAGAGAAAAUAGAACCUGUUGAAAAAGAACAACCUCCUGUUCCCCCACCUGAAAAGAAAAAGGUUUCUAAGUCAGUCACUUCAGCAACAAAAAGGUCAAAGAAACAAAAGCCACCUGCACCUGCUUCAGCAAAAGAUCUUGGAAGAUGGAAGGCACAAGAUGAUUUAGCACUAAUAACAGCUGUACAGCAGACAAAUGAUUUGACAGCUGUGCACUUAGGUGUGAAGUUUUCCUGUCGAUUUACUCUUAAAGAAAUUCAAGAAAGAUGGUAUGCUUUGCUGUAUGACCCUAUAAUCUCGAAGUUAGCAGUGCAGGCCAUGAAUCAGAUUCACCCAGAUGUGAUUGCAGAGGUUCAGUCCAAAGCUCUCUAUAGUAAAGAAGAGGAGUCAUUAUUGGGAACAAUUGCAUCUUCAAGUCAACCAAGUUUGGAAACCUUCCAGGAUCUCUUAGAGCAGAAUCCGGACACAUUUUAUCCGCUGCGGACAGCGAAGGCUUUACACAAUCACUGGCUGCUGCUAAAACAGUAUCAUCUCCUGCCAGACCAGUCAGUUCAACCAAUUCCUCGUGGGGACCAUGUUCUUAAUUUUUCUGAUGCUGAGGAGAUGAUGAAUGAUGAUGAUCUCAAAGAUCCAAAAGAUGACAUCCUAGAGCAAGAAUUGUCUGUGGCUGACAGAAGGAACAAGAAUGAGAUUCGUCACUUAGAACAGGAACUUCCAAAAUGGCAGGUAUUGGUGGACAGUGUUACAGGAAUCAGUCCACAAGACUUUGACAACCAGACAUUGGCUGUACUGAGGGGAAGACUUGUCCGCUACUUAAUGAGAUCAAAGGAGAUUACAUUAGGAAGAGCCACUAAAGACAAUCAGAUAGAUGUAGAUCUAUCUUUGGAGGGUCCAGCAUGGAAAAUUUCCCGUCGACAAGGAAUCAUCAAACUCCGAAGUAAUGGUGAUUUCUUCAUCGCAAACGAGGGAAAACGUCCUUUUUAUGUUGAUGGCAAAGCCAUAUUGGCUGGUAACAAACAAAAGUUAAACAAUAAUUCAGUUGUAGAGAUCUCUUGCCUGCGCUUUAUUUUCCUGAUUAACCAAGACCUUAUCAAUGUGAUACGGACAGAAUCUCAAAAGCUUGUACCAACCUGAGGCCAGGAAUUUCUGGGUGUUUGAAAUGCAAAUCUGGUGGAAAUUUUCUUGUAGGAAAUAGACUGUGAAUUUGCUAAGUAAACUGGCAUUGUGAGAAUGGUGACCAUACUUUAUAGCAUAUUUUAUGAGACUGAGUGUCAUUUAUGCCAAAGUUUGAACAGUCACGAGGAAUUAAAAUGACUCUUUGUAAGGAUGCGUUUAGUUCAUGUAUAUUAUCUCUAUGAGAUUAUAAAAAGGGAGAAGUGUGCAUGUGUAAACUUGACAUUGGAUAUGUGUGUUUUGUUGUAGUUUUCUCUGUUAAAUGUGUGUAAAUUAUAGUGAAUUUAUAAAGGAAAUAAAUAUUGUCAAAGUAAC